AUGCGUCGGAGUGUCUUUUUCAUGGGCCGCAGCCUCACCCAGCGGCAUCUGAACGCAUGUCGCAGCCCGCUGCUGACGGGGUACGUUCGCCCCACGGCGCUCUCCUGCACGGCGCGCGGGCUGGCAACCUCGCCGUUGGCAGUUGGGGCACUGCUCGGAGCCUCUGCGUCGUCGGGGUCUCCGCUGCCGACGGAGGACCUGUUCGAUGGUGCCCUGACACACACCGUUACAACGCUGCUGGCGCGGAGUCUCAGUGUCUCGCUGCUUGCCGAUUUCAUGAGCCUGCAGAAUAGUUCAACGUGUGUCAUAGUAUGCGAAAGAGUAGUCGGGGGUCUUGCUGUCAUCUCCGCUCGCUUCGCGACAUUUCUGGUGCGCUGA